AUGGUCAAGAUCACCCUCGUCGGAGCCGCUGGCCAAAUCGGGACUCCGCUCAGUCUUCUUUGCAAGACGAGCGACCUGUUCGAUGAAAUCUCCCUGUACGAUCUCGUGCACGUCCCUGGCAUCGCCACAGACCUCAUGCACAUUGACACCCGGGCAAACGUCACGGGCUACCUCGCUGAAGACUCCGGGCUUAAGAAAGCUCUUACCGGCGCUGAUAUCGUUGUCGUUACGGCUGGUAUUGCUAGAAAGCCGGGGAUGACUCGAGAUGAUCUAUUCAAGACCAACGCCAGCAUCAUCCGCGACAUCUUCACCUCAGUCGCAGCCACCUGCCCAUCCGCAACAUGCUGUGUGGUGACGAACCCCGUCAACAGCACUCUCCCCAUCGCAGCCGAGGCCUUGAAAAAGGCCGGUGUGUUUAACCCUACCCGUCUAUUCGGCGUCACCACCCUAGACGUUGUCCGGGCUUCGACCUUCGUCGCACACGCCCUGGGCAACGGGGCCAGCCCUAAGGACUUCAAGGUCCCUGUGGUGGGCGGCCACAGCGGAGCUACUAUCCUCCCACUGUAUAGUCAGGCCGAGCCACCGGUGAAUUUGAGUGGGGAGGUUUUGGCGGGGGUUAUUAAUCGAGUGCAAUUCGGUGGCGACGAAAUCGUCAAGAGCAAGCAGGGCGCUGGGAGUGCGACCACCUGCAUGGCGUAUGCGGGGUUCCGGUUCGUGCAGGGUCUCGUUAAGGCGCGGAAUGGGGAGAGUGUGACGGAGGAGGCGUAUGUUUAUUUGCCUGGGAUUGUGGGGGGGAGGGAGAUUGCGGAUCAGCUGGGGGUGGAUUAUUUUGCUGUUAAGGUGGAGUUUGGGAGGGAGGGUGCGAAUAGGGCGCUUCCUAUUGGGGAGAUCUCGGGGAAUGAGACGAAGCUUCUGGGCGUGGCAGUUGAGGAGUUGAAGAAGAAUAUUGCUACGGCGGUGGAGUUUAUGGCCUUGUGA